AUGGUGGGCCCGCCACCCCAAUCUCAGUCUCUGUCUCAACCUCAACCAGCACUUGAAGAAGAAGCUUUAAAGAGAAACACGGAUUGCGUUUACUUUCUUGCUUCCCCUUUAACUUGCAAAAAGGGAAGUGAAUGUGAGUAUCGUCAUAGUGACGUCGCACGGAUGAACCCGAGGGACUGUUAUUUCUGGUUACAUGGUAAUUGCUUAAAUCCGAAGUGCGGAUUCCGGCAUCCGCCACUUGAUGGAUUGCUUGGAAACCAAUUGCCCAUUUCUGCCGGAUCUUCAAUAUCUCCAUCACAGGGUGCUACAGCAUCUCCUGCACAUGUUACUCAUACUUCUGGUAAACAGGUGGCACCUUGCAUAUUCUUCCAGAAAGGGUUCUGUUUAAAAGGUGAUUGGUGUCCCUUUUUGCACGGACCAUAUGCUACAAGUAACAAAGCCGCGCAGGUUCCAGGAACAACUGCUUCUGCUGAGCCCGUGACUUUUAAGCACGGUCUUGGUGAACCUGAAAAUGGCACACAAGAGAAGAAGGUCCCAUAUAUAAGUGUAUCAAAAUCAGUUGAGCUGCCUCUACAGGCAAAAUCAACAGUGGAAGUAGAAAUUGCUCCAACUAGAAACAAACUUGCUACGAGCAGAAAGAUACAACUGACGUCUGGCAUCAAUAAUGAGUUUUACAGACCAAGUGGUCCUCCUGUCAACAAUAGAAACACAGUUGGUGGGUCCAGUCUUGUGCAGCAGCCUAACAUGUUUGAAGAACGAGGUGGUAUGGAAAGUAAGGAUGCAGAAGAAAUCUCAAGGGAACCCUCCCCAGGUUUUGAUGUUCUUGUGGACAAUGAGCUUGGAGAUUCUGAUUACUAUCCUAGUGAAGAUCAAUAUAGAAUGACAAGAGAUCACAAAGAGAGGAAUGAAUAUGAUAUUGGCCAUUCUGCUGAUUACAGUUCAUUUGCUGAUAGUGACCUUGAUAGAAUUCGUACUCAUCAUGGUUGUGACUCAUAUGAGAGCGUUCAGGGUCUUUAUGCUUGGGAGCAACGCAGAGGUUCACGCGAGAGGACGCCAGAAGGGUCUGCUUAUCUAGAAAGGAGGCGAUAUGCUAGGGUUGAUAGAGCUGAUCAGGUUGAUGAAACGGAUCUAAGACAUCGUCUGUCAAAACAUAGGAGGUCCAAUGGUCUGAAGUCUGUCAUUAGCGAUGAAUUUCCCCAGGAUAAGUAUGCUAAGGAUCUAAGCUACCAUUCACGUGGAGAUGAACUUGUACCCAAAACUGAAAGUUCUCUUGGAAGCCGCCUUCGAGGAAGAAUAAAACUUCCUGGAAAAUCAUCGACUCUAAUUGAUGGGAGAGACUUUCGCCGAGGUAGGGAAAUAAAUAGGGGAACUGAUCUUGGUAGACUAUCUCCAGGAAGGACACAUCUCUCCUCUCACCAUAGGAGACUUGAAGAUAGAAUAGAAAAAACAGUGGAACAAGAUUUCAGGAAUGAUGGGAAGAUCAGAGUUCCGAGAGAUAUGACAGGUGACAAUAACGGUGAUUUUGCUGGUCCCAAAACUUUUGCAGAGCUGAAAAUCAGGAAGAAGACUGAUAGUAGUGAGCAGCAUGUAACUUAUCAACAAUAUCUUGGGAAGAGAAAACACUCGGUGCUCGAUGUACAUAAACAAACUGGUGGUGAUCUCUCAUUUGAAGGGCCCAGGUCUCUAGAAGAGAUAUUAAAGCGGAAGCGAGGUGAGAUAUCCGGAACUCGAAGUGGGAGGACGUCGUCAACUAAUGAUGAAGACAAUAAUCCAAAAAAUGGAAAGGACGACAUAACAAAAAUUAGUAGUUUCAAGAAUGAGACGAGCACCCCUCUUUGCAAUAAUAAGGAAGUCUUCCAUUCUGCAUCGGGUAAUGAAGCUGGAGCAGAAAAAACCAGUUCAAUCGAUGCUAGUAAGCUAGAAGCUGAAGAUGUAACUAUAUUGGAAGGUGAUAUAAACCAAGAGCGUGAAGGCAAUGAGCAGAAGGAUUAUGAGCAACUGGAUGGGGAAUACUAUGAGUUAGAUGAAGGUGAUAAUGGAGAUGUUGAAGAAGAAUACCCUGAGGAGGAGGAUGGAGAUGACGAGUUUGCAAAGAAGUUGGGUGUCAUGUAUUAA